GAGGGAGACACUAAUUAAUAGCUAUGCAUGGAGCCGCCGUCUUAGCAAAGUGCUGUAACCAGGUAACGAUAAAUACAGUGUCGCCGGGCAACAGUGCAAGUCAACAUAUGUAUUAAAGGAGCAAUCCUGGCAAGAUGGCUACAGCUUCUGCCUCUGUUGUCCAGUAUGGCAGGAGGAAGGGCAUGUUUAGAGCUCAGUCAGCUGAAGAACAUUCAGAAAACAAGAGAGUCGACCUCUGUCAGAUUACAGUACUUCCAAAGUCCGAAUGGGAACGAAUUUUGAAUAACACCAAUCCAUUUGAAAAUGAAGCCAGGCAGGUUUUUGAAGACAAGAAGGAGAGGGAAGAAAUGCAUUUACGUUCCAAAGAGUUAACAAAAAAUUGGAAGAACACUAUAUCGGAUCUGAAGCACAAACCAUUGCAAAUAAGGAAGCAGCGCAAAGAAAAGGAGGAAGAAGAGAAAAGGAUAAUUGAUUUAGAAGAAGCACAGUUCCAGGCCGAACAAAGGAAAGAGGCCAUCGAAAAAGCAAAGAUCCAGCUAUUUUAUGAGAAUGACAGAGUCAAGACAUUCCAUAGCGCACUUUUACUGACUGAAGUAAUGAAAGAACGAGAAGCUCAAAUAGAAUUAAAGACGAAAAUGAUGAAUAUGAGCAGCAAACAAGGGAGUAACUACCUGGAACAAAUGCAGCGUGAACUGGAACAAAGCAUUAUGAAAGACCAGGCUAAAGCGCAAGAGCAAACCAUAGCUGCGAUGAAUACGACAAGCGAGCUACUAAAGCAGAUUGAGGAACACAAGCGUCAGUCCGAAUUAGAGAAAAUAGCCAUGCAGAGGGAAGGCGUUGAGAUUGAAAGAUUAACUAGGCUGCAUCAUUUCGAAAUGAACAAGCUGGCAAAAAUGAAAAUUGACCAGAAAAAGCAAAUUAUGGCGGAACACCUUGCACAUGUUGCAGACAGAGAUUAUCUCAGAGAGCUUGAGUUGCUGAAGGAAAAAGAAAAUGCAGACAAGAUUCAACGUUUCCUUCUCGCUAAGAAAAAGAUGGAUAACCUGAAAAAAGAGAGACAAAACGAAGUAGUCAGAAAAACCUUAGAACGCAGGGAUCAAAUAAGUAAACAUCUGGCGCAACAGAUCAAGCAGAAAGAAGAUAACGAAGACGAGCGCAUUGAAAAGGCUGUUGCCCAACAGGAUGCGAAAAGCAAAUGGGAGACCAAUAAAAAGGAAGAAAAAAUAAGAGCAGAUAUAAAAGCCAUCACAGAGCACAGAAUUGCCAUGAAAAAGAAACAGGAGAUGGAACAAAAAGAGCAGAAGUUGAAUGCUUUGCAAGCUCUGCAUGCCAUCAAAGAAGCAGAUAAUCUCUUCCUUGCCCAGCAGAGAGAAAACCAAAGGAGAGCUGAAGAAGAAGAGAAGAUGACACAGACUGCACAGAUUCAACAAAUUGCUGAGAAGAUGACCAACUCUCAGUUGGAGAAAGAAGCAGAAGUCAACUAUGCCAAGAAAACCAAUAUCUUACUCUCAAAAGAGGAAGAGAAUUUUCAAGAGUAUGCAAAGCAAGUGAUUGAUUCAGUCUCCAAAGCUGGCAGAAACCCAUAUCCACUUGUAAAAGCUGCUGAGAAAGGAACAGGUGGUGGUCGUGGCCCCGUUUUCUCAGGUCGAGGAGGAAUUCGACCUAGUUACCUAGUCCAGGACACCAGCGGGGUUCAGUUACCUGCUUAUAAGAAGGAUUCCACUCAACAAAUUAAAGAGAUCUACGAUUCUGGAGAUAUCCAAAAAGGAAAGACAAAACUUGGAUUUACAUGGUAGUAAGAAACAGCAAUAGAAAGGCUUCAUAAAAGAAUGAAAUGUUAAACCUAA